AUGUUCUUACCGCUUUUGUUGGUUGUGACUGUGAACUCCAUUUUUGCAGCUCAGGAUGUCUUGUUUUUCUACAUUGAUUAUCCUAAACAACUGUCGUACACCUAUCAAAUGCAGCCUUCUCACAGUGUCGGAGUUCCGUUUCCGAAGUAUUCUUACAAGAAAGCGUCACUUGUGUAUGCGUACCCUGCUCACGGAUGUCAACCGCUAAAAAAUAAACUUGGUCCAAAUGAGGUCGUUCUCUUGGAAAGAGGUGAAUGCUCUUUCGUGGAGAAAAUAAUCAACGCUGAAAAUGCCGGAGCUCUAAUAGCACUAGUCACGGAUUCGUAUGCAGGCGGCGAUGAGUUCGUGGACAUGAUAACUGAUGCUACCCAACGACAAGCAGGAAUACCCGCCGGUUACAUAACUGGCGCAAGCGGUCGUCGUUUGCGAGAUUUUUUGCUGUAUUCUGAAGGAGGGAUACGACUGACCAUUCCAUUAAAUCAUACUCUUGCUAUGCUUCGAGAGGUUCCCAGUAAACCACCGUGGGAGUUAUGGUAG